AUGGAAACCCUAUGCCUGUUGGGGUGUGGCAACCUCGGAGCGGCGAUUCUGAACAGUCUGCUCGGCACAGCCGAGAGCAAGCCUCUUUUCAGUCAAUUCGUCGCUUGUGUCCGCAGCGAAGCCUCGGUGAAAAAGCUAGCGGAUCGAUACCCCCAACAUCAAGAACGGCUGACCAUUUCUCGUGGCGACAACAUCAACGCCGUGCGGCAGUCCGAUGUGAUUAUCUUAGGAGUUGAUCCCGCCGAUAUCGACUCUGUGCUGAAGCAGCAUGGGCUACGUGAGGUGUUGGAGGGGAAGCUCCUGAUCAGUAUCGCAGCAGGCUGGACCAGACAGAAGCUCGAAGAAGCCAUCUACGGAAGCGAAACGACCGAUGGCAACAAGCUUGGCCGGGCAUGGGUCAUCCGCACUCUCCCCAACAUUGCGGCGCAGGUCUCACAGUCUUUGACAGCCAUCGAGGUCUCCGAGCCCUCUCCGCCAGAGCACUACCUGACGAUCACGACCGCGAUUUUCGAGCGCAUCGGGCGCGCGGUGCAGAUCGAGCCACGACACAUGAAUGCGACCACCGCAGUGGGAGGAUCCACGCCGGCCUUUUUUGCCGUGAUCUGCGAUGCCCUGAUCGAUGCCGCCGUAGCGGUUGGUGUUCCGCGGCACCUGGCACGUACCAUGAUUAUCCAGUCCAUGCUAGGAACGGCCACGGUGCUCCAGGGAGGAAUGCAUCCAGCUGUGCUCCGGGAUCAAGGCACAUCACCGGAGGGAUGUACGAUUGGUGGGUUGAUGGUGAUGGAGGAGGCGGGUGUUCGCGGUCAUGUUGGACGCGCCCUUCGCGAAGCGGUCACAUUGGCGCGUCUCAUGGAGACAACAGAGCAUGUCAACGACACAAGGCAUUAA